AUGUCCAGCCGGGAGAGCGUCCAGAUCCCGGACGACCGAGACUUCGACCAUUUCCGAACGGAGUGCAACUCCGAAGACAACUGGAGCCUCACGUACAGCAAGUCGGGGGUCGUGGUGUGGAUCCAGAUGCUGGAGGCCGAGAGGCCGCUGCACAAAAUCAAGUGCAGGAUGGACUGCAAGGACGUCUCCGCAGAUACUCUGUACGAUGUGCUGCAUGACAUUGAAUACAGGAAAAAAUGGGAUACAAACGUCAUCGAGACCUUUGACAUUGGCAAGCUGACGGUCAACGCUGAUGUUGGAUAUUAUUCCUGGAAAUGCCCGAAGCCCCUGAAGAACCGAGAUGUCAUCACGCUGCGCUCCUGGCUGCCCAUGGGCAACGACUACAUCAUCAUGAACUACUCUGUCAAGCAUGCUAAAUACCCUCCCAGGAAAGACAUGGUGAGAGCCGUGUCCAUCCAGACCGGCUACUUGGUCCAGGGGAAAGGAGCCAAGAACUGCAGCCUCACCUACCUGGCUCAGGUAGACCCCAAAGGUUCUUUGCCAAAGUGGGUGGUGAAUAAGUCCUCUCAGUUCCUGGCUCCUAAGGCCAUGAAGAAGAUGUACAAGGCUUGCCUCAAGUAUCCCGACUGGAAGCAGAAACACAACCCCCACUUCAAGCCUUGGCUGUACCCCGAGCAGAACACGCUGGCCUCCCUGGCCCUCUCGGAGCUGGCCAUCCAGCACGCCGACUCCCUGGAGAACAUCGACGAGAGCAGCCUGUCCGAGACCAAAGACGACCGGGGCGGGGAAGGCAGCGACGAGGACAGCCUCAACUGAGGGGCCCGCGCGGGCGGUGGGGGGGGGGGGGACUCCACCUAGCCACCCACCCACCCACCGGGGCCGCUGCUUUGUCUGUGUAUCCAAUGCCGUUUGUGUUUUGAAAAGGGGAAGAACCACCCCCACCUCCCUCUUCCACACCCAGUCGUGGGACAGACGGACGGACGGACAGACACACUCUUUCCCCUGCAGGCAGCAGUUCGCUCUUGUCUAAAGCGGGGCGGGGGGGGCAGAUUAGCCGAGGGUGUGGCCCCUGUUUGGGGGGGGGGCUGGAUUUGGGACAGGAAGGUUCUGCAGCAAGUCCUGCUCUUCAGCUGCCAGUUCAGGAUCUGUGGCCGACUGUCUCCUCCCCGUAUCUCUUGUUCCCCUUUUUAGCAGUUCCUUUCUGAAUAGGGGUGUGCACGGAACCGCGGAGCUGCGGUCCGGCACUGGGGUGGGGGGUUCCAUUAAGGGCGGGUGGGGGCUUUACUUACCCCUCCCGCGCUUUCCACACACUGCCGCCGUAAUUAUUGAAGAAAUUGCUCCUCCGAUGGCUGUUCCUAUUUUUAAAAAUGGCUGCCCCCUUGAAGCCCUGGCCCCCUGCUGCUGCCUUGAAGCCCCCUCCCACCCCCUUAAAUCUCGCCCCGGGCCCUUAAAUCAUGCCCCGAUAACAUUAAGAGGCGGGCGGCGGGGAGAUGUCCUCCCGCCCCCUUCCCUGCUAGGCUGCAAAAGACUUUAGGAAGGCUUUUAAAAAUAGGAACAGCCAUCGGAGGAGCAAUU